CCACGAGUCUUAGCACCGUUGAUGCUCCAUGCGGCGCAAUGCCUCGACUUCUCAGCACCCAUUUGCUGCCCCUGGCGGCUGGACUGGCGCUGCUCUUGGAGGGCUGCGCUCCCGAACUCGACGUCCGCGCGCGGGGGCAAGGGCUGAGCCGAUGGCGAACAGCACCACAUUUGCCCAGCUUUUUAGACACCCACGAGGAGGAGCUCCGUCUCCAGCAGGGCGGCUGGUGGGGAUGGCUCGCCCCGCCGUGGCUGGGCCGCUGCGUCGUGGGCUACGUGAAGUGGCACCUGGCGCCAUCCGAACAACCCCAAGAGAGAAACACGCUCUUCUCUCACAAAUUCUGCAAACCAGCUGCUCUUGGAAGCUUCCAUUGGCCUCAGGCAGCCUGGAGGGCGAAGUUCAACGUCUUGGCUUCGCUGGUGACGGAGGAGGAGGCUGUGGCGAUGAAACGUCUACUGGAAGAUGCACCCGAUGACUUUGAUGAAGAUAUCGACGGUGUGGAUAAGAUGAUCACCUACGAGUUCAUCAUCUCCAGCGCGGGCGCGCAGAAGGCGCACGACCCCGUGCGCUCCGCCCGGCGGGCGCAGCUUCGACGCAUCACCGAGCCCAUCCUGAGGGAGCGUAUUCAGCCCUUUGUUUGGGCACGUUACCCCAAAGCGGGUGCAGUGUGCCACUCAAUGAUUCGCAGAUAUCUGGAGAGAGAGCGGAGGACGCACGACACGCAUUGGGAUAUCCCUUCCUACGUCUCGGUGGUGGUCAGCUUGGACUCUUCAGGCCAAGACUUCGAGGGAGGCUUCUUUGUCACCACUGGCAACGGCGAGAAAUCCUUCAUCCCUUUGCAGAGGGGCGACACGGUGGUCCAUCAGUCCGAUUUGCUGCACGGCGUCCACGUGCGACACGGCGAGCGCUGGUCUUGGGCCAUGUGGUUCCAGGAUUCUUGGGACUGUAGCAGUCGGGCUGAAAGCUGGUGGCAACAGGAAGCUGAGGCUCGAGACCCAGUGGCCCAGACCCUGCGAGCGAUGCGCGCAGCGACGCAGCAGGAGAGUUACAGCUGGCUUCAAGAAGCGGCACAAGCGGGCUUCCCCAGGGCGCAGCUCUACUUCGGGAAGGCCCUAGAGGAUGGCUUGGCUCACCAUGCCCCAGAUCCACCGGCUGCCGCUGCCUGGUUCGAGCGAAGCCGCCUGGGCGGCGAGAUCGACGCCUGCGCCUCGGCCGAGAUCGUCGUCGAAGCGGGACUAGAAGGGCACGUCCCAUCCGUCCAGACCAUCCGGCCCCAGAUCUAUCGAAAGCAGGUGCCACCCACCAUCAAGGAGAUUGAGUGCUCGCCUUCGCGGCAACGGAGCGCGCCCGCCUUGAUGGGACGACCGGUGGUGCCCAGGAUGGAAGAGGCCACAUCCCGGACCGAGAUGCCAGUCCGGAGGCUCCAACUGGGCUCCGCGAAGAAUGGCGUGGAUGUGGACGCCACCUGGCGGCCGACGGUGGAUGAGACGAUGUCGGUCGGAGGAUUGGGGGCCUUUUUUUGGGACGAGACACGCCGCGAGCGGGCACAUGACCAGGGGCCCUGCGAAUUGGAGCUCGGGGCGCCCGGGACGGGCUUGCGGCAGGUCAUUGCGAUGGUGAGCCCGGGAUCCUCGGAAUCCUCGUCGAUGGCCGACGACCAGCGCAAUCGACCGGGUCGGAGCACGAUGGACGCCUUCCCUGUUCGAGGCUUCGGUGCGGUGGGUCAAGGGGUGCAGGUCCACCGAAGGCCUGUCCGCUCCGUGAACUUUGCGCCCGACGGGCAGCGGCUCUGCACGGCCUCGGAGGACGGCACCGCCAAGGUCUUCGACCUGUCCACGGGGAAGUUGCUCAAGGAGGUGGACCACCACAAUACGAUUUGGUGGGCCGACUUCAGCCAGGAUGGGCAGAUGCUGGUCACCUGCUCCGACGACCGCUCGGUCAGGGUCUAUGACUGCUCGCGCUGGGAAUUGCUGGAGAUGUUUGGCCACGGCUUGCCGGUGAAGUCUGCGAGCUUCUCUGGGGAGCGCCUGGCCACCGCCAGUGGCGACGGGUUCCUGAGAGUCUUUGAUUUGGACUCCGGCCGCGAGUUGGCCAAGCACAAGCACGAGAGCUGGGUGAUUUCCUGCCGCUUUGCGCAUGACGGCACCUUCCUCGCGAGCGGGGCGGCGGACAAGUGGCUCCGCGUCUUCGAUGAGGAGGGCGAACUGGUCUUCAAGCACUGCUUCGCGGGACUGGUGACGUGCGUGGACUUCUCCAAAGAGGCGCUCUUGUGCGCCACCACCACACGCCAGGAGGAUGGGAUCUAUGUGCUGGAUGUGCCCAGUGGACGCCGAGUGCAGCUCAUCCAGCAGAAGGCGAUUGCCCUGUCUGCGAGGUUUUCGCCCGAUGGCGAGCAGAUCCAUUGCGUCUCGCGGCACGGGGUGCAAGUGUACGAGGUGAGCUCGGGGCAACUGCUGGAGAACUAUCCACAUGAUGUGCACGUGAACUAUGUCUCGAUGCGCUCGGACGGGCUCCUCUGCAGCUGCGCCGACGACGGGCGGCUGCGCUUCUUCGGCACGGCAGCGGCGGCACCGGCGCUGGAGCCCAUGAACUGA